CCCACCACGGAGCAACAGAUCGCGCUCUGCGGUCAAUGAUCUCUUCUUCAGGCAUCAGCACAGUGCUGGUUGAGUGUCCAAACCGCGAGCGCGUGGAUUCCGGCAUGUCCGAGAGGAAGAGCUCUGAACCCCGCAGCUUUGACGCUUCAUCAGUGACAGCUCCCGCGGAUCAGAUGGUGCCGAAAAAAUGACUCGGGCUCUCUCCAUCCUUGCUUACUUUUUCUCUGUGAUCCACUGCAGCAGCUGUGCUGACUCAGAGGAGCGUCUCAUGAACUGGUUGCUGGGAAAGGAUCGAUACAAUCCGCUCAUCCGCCCGGCUGUCAACAGGACCGAGAGAGUCCCGGUCAAGCUACAAGUGUCUCUAGCCCAGCUCAUCAGCGUGAAUGAAAGAGAGCAGAUCAUGACCACAAAUGUCUGGCUCACUCAGCACUGGGUGGAUUACAGGUUGUCAUGGGACCCUGCAGAGUAUGAAGGUAUCGACAAGCUGCGCAUUCCCUCCAGACACAUCUGGCUCCCAGAUAUUGUCCUAUACAACAACGCCGAUGGUACCUAUGAGGUAACAGUCUUCACCAAUGCCAUUGUCCUUUUCAAUGGCAGCAUUAACUGGCUUCCUCCAGCCAUCUACAAAAGCGCCUGUAAGAUCGAGGUCAAGCAUUUUCCCUUUGACCAGCAGAACUGUACCCUCAAGUUCCGCUCUUGGACGUAUGACCACACAGAGAUUGAUCUGAUCUUGAAGUCUGAGGUGGCUAGUAUGGAUGAUUUUACUCCCAGUGGGGAGUGGGAUAUCUUGGCGCUGCCAGGCAGACGGACUGUCAACCCUCUGGAUCCUACCUAUGUGGACCUCACAUACGACUUCAUCAUCAAGAGGAAGCCCCUUUUUUACACCAUAAAUCUCAUUAUUCCCUGUGUUUUGAUCACGUCUCUGGCCAUCCUGGUCUUUUACUUACCUUCAGACUGUGGGGAGAAGAUGACUCUCUGCAUCUCCGUCCUAUUGGCUCUCACUGUGUUCUUGCUUUUGAUCUCAAAGAUUGUUCCUCCCACCUCACUGGAUGUGCCCCUGAUAGGCAAGUACCUGAUGUUCACCAUGGUGCUUGUGACCUUCUCCAUCAUCACCAGUGUGUGCGUGCUCAAUGUGCACCACCGCUCUCCCAGCACCCACACCAUGCCUGCCUGGGUCAAGCUGAUAUUUCUUGUCAAACUGCCUGCCUUACUCUUCAUGAAGCGCCCUCAGAAUAACUCUGCACGCCAGAGACUUCGCCAGCAGCGAUGUCUACGGGCGAGGAGAGCUAUUUUGGGCUUGGGUUACCCAGUCGCAUCCAAAGCAGGUAUCACCAUGUCGUCUUCUGCCCUGCUGUCCUCCGACUCUGCUUUCUCCACCCCAGGACACAAAAAUGUGCCUCCUCCGCUGGGCUACACUUAUUCUAACAGGAAGGCAGACUUACGCUCCACUGAUUACCUUCCCAGUGGUUUCACUUCUACCCAGGACCUCCAGCAGAGAAGCAGCUCAGAUUGGGCUGCCGAUGUCCAAGAGGCGGUGAACGGGGUGCGCUUUGUGGCCGAGCACAUGAUGGGAGAUGAUGAUGAUCAGAGUGUCAUAGAGGACUGGAAGUAUGUGGCUAUGGUGGUGGAUCGUAUGUUCCUGUGGAUCUUUGUGAUCGUGUGUGUGGUGGGCACCCUGGGCUUAUUUCUCCAGCCUGUCUUCCAAAGUCACAUUGUUCACAGCCAGCAGCCCAGCUCAGACACUCCUCGCAUAUGAUGAGCAACAAAGAAGACAGGGCGAGUUUUAGUUUUGUUUUUUUGUUGUUGUUUUUUGCAGCAAUCAAGCUGGUAGGAUAAGUAUUCUUAUAAGCAGAUGCAGGCCUGUAGCCUGUAGUAUCUCCUAAUAAUCAAAACUACAUGUUCCACAACCAUCUACAGCACCCAGUUUUUGAGGAAAAGAUACAUCUACAAGGGGCCUAAUAUAGCAUCAUUGCACUGGGGUCAUUCCUCUUCAUGUCUUCAAAGGAAAGCUGCAGAACUGGACAGAAUGUAGCUUUCACUGCACUAAAGUAUACUGAAAUGUUGCAGAAAUAUACCAUAUGUCUGAAAUAUGAAGAACAUCCGUCUGCUGUCAGAUGUUGUUCGACUCCUUAUUUGUGUCUAAGUUAAAUGACCAUGUCAUUGAAAUGUGAUGUGUGAUUAAAGAAUGGAUAAUGUCAGCUCUCAGUUUGAUUAAAUAUAUGAA